GUCGCCCAGGUCCUGAUUUCCCGUCAGGCCUGCUGGGGUGAGACGCUCCCCCUCAGGUCUGGAACCUGUGACCGUCAGGGGGGCGAUGAGGUCGCCUGAAACGGAGACCGCCUAGCACAGUGCCUGGCACGUAGUAGGCGUUCAAUUCCCAUUUGUUGAAUGAACUCGAUGACUGAAUGAAUGGGGACGAUAGGCGGGAGAAGGAGAAGUUGCUCAGCUGGACAGCCCCAUCAUCACGCCCCGUCCCGGGGUAACUGCUCCUGUGAAUGUAGGGUGGGGGUGUCAGUCAUAGGACACCCCCAGGUCCGCUCUUUCCGUAGUGCCCAGAAGAGCCUGGGAGCAAGCGCAGAAUGAACCCGUGAGGGCGUCUGGGCCGGGCCCCCUAGGCGGACUGUAGUCAGCUCUGGGCUAGUCCAGGGAGCGACAGUACGGAGAAGCGGUAGGGGAGGGCCCCGCCGCGGGUCUCCGGGCACACGGGCCACAAGCGCGCCCGCGUACCCUGUGGGGAGGGGCGGUGGAGGUGCUGCGCCUUUAAGUCCGGGCGCCUGCCCCGCGGCCACGCCCCCCGGAGAACGCCUCGGCGCGCGGCCGCCGGAGCCGCCGUUUAAUUGGGGCUGUCAGGCCGCGGUGCGCGCGGAGGGCCGGGCGGGCGGGACGGAGGCCGGGAGGCCGGGGCAGCGGGCGUGCAGCUCGGCGGGAGGCGGGCGCCCGGAGACGCGGCCGGGGCGCCGUCCCAGGGCAGGGCUGCCCGGCCCUGGCCCCGGGCCGCCCGCGCUCCCCAUGAAAAACCAGCUCCGCGGCCCCCCAGCGCGGGCGCACAUGUCGACUUCGGGGGCGGCGGCGGCUGCGGGCACCCGGGCGGGGUCCGAGCCCGGUGCGGGGUCGGGGUCCAGCGCAGGCACCGGGGCAGGCGCGGCGACAGGAGCAGGGGCCAUGCCCUGCAAGAGCGCCGAGUGGCUGCAGGAGGAGCUGGAGGCGCGCGGCGGCGCGUCCCUGCUGCUGCUGGACUGCCGGCCGCACGAGCUCUUCGAGUCGUCGCACAUCGAGACGGCCAUCAACCUGGCCAUCCCGGGCCUCAUGUUGCGCCGUUUGCGCAAGGGCAACCUGCCCAUCCGCUCCAUCAUCCCCAACCAUGCCGACAAGGAGCGCUUCGCCACGCGCUGCAAGGCGGCCACCGUGCUGCUCUACGACGAGGCCACGGCCGAGUGGCAGCCCGAGCCCGGCGCUCCCGCCUCGGUGCUUGGCCUGCUCCUGCAGAAGCUGCGCGACGACGGCUGCCAGGCCUACUACCUCCAAGGUGGUUUCAACAAGUUUCAGACAGAGUACUCUGAGCACUGCGAGACCAAUGUGGACAGCUCUUCCUCGCCGAGCAGCUCACCACCCACCUCAGUGCUGGGCCUGGGGGGCCUGCGCAUCAGCUCUGACUGCUCCGAUGGCGAGUCAGACCGAGAGCUGCCCAGCAGUGCCACUGAGUCAGACGGCAGCCCUGUGCCAUCCAGCCAACCAGCCUUCCCUGUCCAGAUCCUGCCCUACCUCUACCUUGGCUGUGCCAAGGACUCCACCAACCUGGACGUGCUCGGCAAGUAUGGCAUCAAGUAUAUCCUCAAUGUCACGCCUAACCUGCCCAACGCCUUCGAGCAUGGCGGCGAGUUCACCUACAAGCAGAUCCCCAUCUCUGACCACUGGAGCCAGAACCUCUCCCAGUUCUUCCCUGAGGCCAUCAGCUUCAUUGACGAAGCCCGCUCCAAGAAGUGUGGUGUCCUGGUGCACUGCCUGGCAGGCAUCAGCCGCUCAGUGACGGUCACUGUGGCCUAUCUGAUGCAGAAGAUGAACCUGUCACUCAACGACGCCUACGACUUUGUCAAGAGGAAAAAGUCCAACAUCUCGCCCAACUUCAACUUCAUGGGGCAGCUGCUGGACUUUGAGCGGACGCUGGGGCUAAGCAGCCCAUGCGACAACCAUGCGCCCAGUGAGCAGCUCUACUUCUCCACGCCCGCCAACCACAACCUGUUCCCACUCAACACGCUGGAGUCCACGUGAGGCCUGGUGCACAGGAGGCAUGGCACCAGGCCCCUUCCGGCCCUCCACGGGGCCAGGUGGGAGAGCCCAAGCCUGCUGCUUCUGGCCUGAGGAACCCCCAGGAUGUCACCUGUGCCCAGAGGUCCAGGCUGAUCCGUGUGUCGGAGCGCCCCUCACCAUCCUUGGGGGCGAGGCCCGCAGGCAAGAUCUCCCUCUGCAGGGCUUGCUGGAGAGGCCUCGGCUCUCUCAGACACGUGGCUUUGGGCGUCCACCAGGGCCUCACGUUGUCCCAGGAUGCUCCUUUCUGCUGAUGGCCCAGCCAGUUUGGCUGUUUUUUAAAGACACAUCCACGGACCUGAGUUUACUUUUUACUUUUGGCAGGUAAAUCCAAGCUCCCUGGAGUACAAGGAGUGUUUGAGCUCUUCUUGAUUUUUCUUUUUUUUUUAACAAAAAAGUGUUAUUUUCAGGCUACAUGCAACAGUGGAUUGUAUGACCCAGUAUUUCAUCCCUUUCUUGAUCCUGCGAGAGAGAGAAAUGUUCUCAGUUUUGUUUUUCGUUCAGUUUCAAAAAGCAAGUAUCGUGUUUGUUUUUUAAUGGAAAAGACAGACCCCCAUGUUGACCUUGACCAAAUGCAUUUUGCACAUGUGUGAA